AUGGCCACAUUGAAAUCGGAUUUAGACGAUUAUUUACUUCAAAAUGAAAGCCGUCGAAGUUAUAAAUUCAAUUUACCCUUUUCGACGUCGAACUUUUUUACCAGAAGUAAUGAGGAAACUCCUACCAGCACGAGCACUACAGCCUCUUGGUUUGAAGAAGUACAGAAGGAAUAUUUCACACUGACUCGAACACAGCGGUUUAUGGGCUUCGGUAUCUGUUUAUUCUUUGGCAUCCUAUGUUUCAUAUUGUCAUUUUUGUAUAUACCUAUUCUUCUACUACAAGCAAGGAAGUUUGCAUUGCUGUUUACUCUGGGAAGUCUCUUUUUUAUUUUUAGUUUCAGUUUUCUCUGGGGGCCUUGGUCACAUCUCAAAUCUCUAUUUUCAAAGGAGAAAGCACUAACAACAUGUCUGUAUGGCUCAACUCUAAUUGCCACUUUGUAUUGUGCAUUGCACCUACAAAGUACACCAUUGACAGUCAUCUGUGCCGUGGGUCAAGUACUGGCUUUGCUUUGGAUGAUGAUGGGGUCAAUACCGGGUGGCGCAUCUGGAGCAAGAUUGUUUGGAAGCGUGUUUAAAUCAUCCGUGUCCAACACACUACCCAUAUAA